GGCGGAACGGGCCAAUCUGGUCUUUCAUAAUAAAGAGAUAGACGGAACUGGUAUGAAACGACUUAUUAGCAGAUUAAUAGAUCAUUUUGGAAUGGGAUAUACAUCCCAUAUACUGGAUCAACUAAAGACUCUGGGCUUCUAUCAAGCCACUACUACAUCGAUUUCGUUAGGAAUCGAGGAUCUUUUAACAAUACCCUCUAAGGGAUGGUUAGUCCAAGACGCGGAACAACAGAGUUUUCUUUUGGAGAAACACUAUUAUUAUGGGGCUGUACACGCGGUAGAAAAAUUACGCCAAUCUGUUGAGAUAUGGUAUGCGACAAGUGAAUAUUUGAAACAAGAAAUGAAUUCAAAUUUUCGGAUAACGGAUCCUUCUAAUCCAGUCUAUCUAAUGUCUUUUUCAGGAGCCAGAGGAAAUGCAUCUCAAGUACACCAAUUAGUAGGUAUGAGAGGAUUAAUGUCGGACCCUCAAGGACAAAUGAUUGAUUUACCUAUUCAAAGCAAUUUACGCGAGGGACUUUCUUUGACAGAAUAUAUAAUUUCCUGCUAUGGAGCCCGCAAAGGGGUUGUAGAUACUGCUGUACGAACAGCAGAUGCUGGAUAUCUUACACGUAGACUUGUUGAAGUAGUUCAACAUAUUAUUGUGCGUAGAAGAGAUUGUGGUACUAUCCGAGGUAUUUCUGUAAGUCCUCAAAAUGGGAUGACGGAAAAACUUUUUGUCCAAACACUAAUUGGUCGUGUAUUAGCAGACGAUAUAUAUAUCGGUUCACGAUGCAUUGCCGCGCGAAAUCAAGAUAUUGGAAUUGGAUUAGUCAAUCGAUUCAUAACUGCCUUUCGAGCACAACCAUUUCGAGCACAACCAAUAUAUAUUAGAACCCCCUUUACUUGCCGAAGCACUUCUUGGAUCUGUCAAUUAUGCUAUGGCCGGAGUCCUACUCAUAGUGAUCUGGUGGAAUUGGGAGAAGCCGUAGGUAUUAUUGCGGGUCAAUCAAUUGGGGAGCCAGGGACUCAACUAACAUUAAGAACUUUUCAUACUGGCGGAGUAUUCACAGGGGGUACUGCCGACCUUGUACGAUCCCCUUCGAAUGGAAAAAUCCAAUUCAAUGAGAAUUUGGUUCACCCCACACGUACCCGUCAUGGACAGCCUGCUUUUCUAUGUUAUAUAGACUUGCAUGUAACUAUUCAGAGUCAAGAUAUUCUAUAUAGUGUGAAUAUUCCCUCAAAAAGCUUGAUUCUAGUGCAAAAUGAUCAAUAUGUAAAAUCUGAACAAGUAAUUGCGGAGAUUCGUGCCGGAACGUCCACUUUACAUUUUAAAGAAAGGGUACAAAAGCAUAUUUAUUCUGAAUCAGACGGCGAAAUGCACUGGAGUACUGAUGUUUACCAUGCGCCCGAAUAUCAAUAUGGUAAUCUUCGUCGAUUACCAAAAACAAGCCAUUUAUGGAUAUUAUCCGUAAGUAUGUGCAGAUCCAGUAUAGCGUCUUUUUCACUCCACAAGGAUCAAGAUCAAAUGAAUACUUAUGGUAAAAAAGAUAGGGAAAUUCUUGAUUAUUCAACGUCGGAUCGAAUCAUGUCCAAUGGCCAUUGGAAUUUGAUCUAUCCUUCUAUUUUUCAAGAUAAUUCAGAUUUGUUGGCGAAAAAGCGAAGAAAUAGGUUCGUCAUUCCAUUACAAUAUCAUCAAGAACAAGAGAAAGAACUAAUAUCCUGUUUUGGGAUUUCGAUUGAAAUCCCCUUUAUGGGUGUUUUACGUAGAAAUACUAUUUUUGCUUAUUUUGACGAUCCCCGAUACAGAAAAGAUAAAAAGGGUUCAGGAAUUGUUAAAUUUAGAUAUAGGACCCUAGAAGAAGAAUAUAGGACUCGAGCGGAAGACUCAGAAGAGGAAUAUGAGACCCUAGAACACGAAUACAGGACCCGAGAGGACGAAUAUGAAACCCUAGAAGAAUCUAAAUAUGGAAUCCUAGAAGACGAAUACGAAUAUGAAACCCUAGAAAACGAAUAUGGGAGCCCAGAAAACAAAUAUGGGAACCCAGAGAACGAAUAUAGGACUUUAGAGAAAGACUCAGAAGAGGAAUAUGGGAACCCAGAGAGCAAAUAUAGGACCCAAGAGGACGAAUAUGGAACUUUAGAAGAAGACUCAGAAGACGAAUAUGGCAGCCCCGGGGAAAGCGGCGAGGAAAAAUAUGGUACUUUAGAGGAAGACUCAGAAGAAGACUCAGAGGACGAAUACGAGAGCCCAGAGGAAGAUUCCAUCUUAAAAAAAGAGGGUUUGAUUGAGCAUCGAGGAACAAAAGAAUUUAGUCUAAAAUACCAAAAAGAAGUAGAUCGGUUUUUUUUCAUUCUUCAAGAACUUCAUAUCUUGCCGAGAUCUUCAUCCCUAAAGAUACUUGACAAUAGUAUUAUUGGAGUGGAUACACAACUCACAAAAAAUACAAGAAGUGGACUAGGCGGACUGGUCCGAGUGAAGAGAAAAAAAAGCCAUACGGAACUCAAAAUAUUUUCCGGAGAUAUUCAUUUUCCUGAAGAGGCAGAUAAGAUAUUAGGUGGGUGUUUGAUACCGCCAGAAAGACAAAAAAAAGAUUCUAAGGAAUCAAAAAAAAAGAAAAAUUGGGUCUAUGUUCAACGGAAAAAAAUUCUCAAGAGCAAGGAAAAGUAUUUUGUUUCCGUUCGCCCUACAGUGGCAUAUGAAAUGGACGAAGGAAGAAAUUUAGCAACACUUUUCCCGCAGGAUCUCUUGCAAGAAGAAAAUAAUCUCCAAAUUCGACUUGUCAAUUUUAUUUAUCAUGAAAAUAGCAAGUUAACUCAAAGAAUUUAUCACACAAAUAGUCAAUUUGUUAGAACUUGCUUAGUAGUGAAUUGGGAACAAGAAGAAAAAGAAAAGGCUGGUGCUUCCCUUGUUGAGGUAAGAGCAAAUGAUCUUAUUCGCGAUUUCCUAAGAAUUGAGUUAGUCAAGUCCACUAUUUCGUAUACACGAAAAAGGUAUGAUAGGACAAGUGGAGGACCGACUCCCCAUAAUAGGUUAGAUCGCGCCAAUAGCAAUUCUUUUUAUUCCAAGGCGAAGAUUGAAUCACUUAGCCAACAUCAAGAAGCUAUUGGCACUUUGUUGAAUCGAAAUAAAGAAUACCAAUCUUUGAUGAUUUUGUCGGCAUCCAACUGUUCUCGAAUUGGUUUAUUCAAGAAUUCAAAACAUCCCAAUGCGAUAAAAGAAUGGAAUCCUAGAAUUCCUAUUCUAGAAAUUUUUGGGCCCUUAGGGGCUAUUGUAGCUAGUAUAUCGCAUUUUUCUUCAUCUUACUAUUUACUAACGCAUAAUAAAAUCCUGCUAAAAAAAUAUUUGUUCGUUGACAAUUUGAAACAAACCUUCCAAGUACUUCAAGAACUUAAAUACUCUUUAAUAGAUGAAAAUAAAAGGAUUUCCAAUUUCGAUAGUAACAUAAUGUUGGAUCCAUUCCUUUUGAAUUGUCACUUUGUCCAUCAUGAUUCUUGGGAAGAGACAUUGGCAAUAAUUCACCUUGGACAAUUUAUUUGUGAAAAUGUAUGUCUAUUUAAAUCGCACAUAAAAAAAUCUGGUCAAAUUUUCAGUGUAAAUAUGGAUUCCUUUGUUAUAAGAGCAGCUAAACCUUAUUUGGCCACUACAGGAGCAACUGUUAAUGGUCAUUAUGGAGAAAUCCUUUACAAGGGAGAUAGGUUAGUUACGUUUAUAUAUGAAAAAUCGAGAUCUAGUGACAUAACGCAAGGUCUUCCAAAAGUGGAACAAAUCUUUGAAGCGCGUUCAAUUGAUUCAUUAUCCCCCAAUCUCGAAAGGAGAAUUGAGGAUUGGAAUGAGCGUAUACCAAGAAUUCUUGGGGUCCCUUGGGGAUUCUUGAUUGGAGCUGAGCUAACCAUAGCCCAAAGUCGUAUUUCUUUGGUUAAUAAAAUCCAAAAGGUUUAUCGAUCCCAAGGGGUACAGAUCCAUAAUAGACAUAUAGAGAUUAUUAUACGCCAAGUAACAUCAAAAGUGCGGGUUUCCGAAGAUGGAAUGUCUAAUGUUUUUUCGCCUGGGGAAUUAAUCGGACUAUUGCGAGCGGAACGAGCAGGGCGAGCUUUGGAUGAAUCGAUCUAUUAUCGGGCAAUCUUAUUGGGAAUAACAAGGGCUUCCCUGAAUACCCAAAGUUUCAUAUCUGAAGCAAGUUUUCAAGAAACUGCUCGAGUUUUAGCAAAAGCUGCCCUACGAGGUCGCAUUGAUUGGUUGAAAGGCUUGAAAGAAAACGUAGUUCUGGGGGGGAUUAUACCUGUUGGUACCGGAUUCCAAAAAUUUGUGCAUCGUUCCCCACAAGACAAGAACCUUUAUUUCGAAAUAAAAAAAAAAAAUCUAUUCGCGUCGGAAAUGAGAGAUUUUUUGUUUCUCCAUACAGAAUUAGUUUCUUCAGAUUCUGACGUAACAAACAAUUUUUAUGAGACAUAAAAACCCCCAUUUAACAUUUAACCCUAAGGAUACAUAAAACAUAUUUUUUACUUUACUAGACUUUUGAACUUAGAACACUAACAGGUUAAAUUUUAGAUUUUUAAGAUUUUUAUUUUAAUAAGUAAAACAAGUCAGUUAAUUCAUUAAAUUAAGGUUUUGUUUAUACCAUGUAUCAAUGUAUCAAUGGCCAACUCUUAGUACAAGGUUCUCUCAGAACAAUUAUUAUUUUAUUUAUUUCAAGCUAUUUCGGAUCUUUCUUAAUCUUCAAAAAGAAAUAAAUUCCGUAAUGGAAUGUUAGGAUGAAAAAAAAAGGAAGUGUGGAAAAAAUGACAAGAAGAUAUUGGAACAUUAAUUUGAAAGAGAUGAUAGAAGCAGGAGUUCAUUUUGGUCAUGGUAUUAAGAAAUGGAAUCCUAAAAUGGCCCCUUACAUUUCGGCAAAGCGUAAAGGUACUCAUAUUAUAAAUCUCGCUAGAACGGCCCGUUUUUUAUCAGAAGCUUGUGAUUUAGUUUUUGAUGCAGCAAGUCAGGGAAAAAGUUUCUUAAUUGUUGGUACCAAAAAAAGAGCAACAGAUUUAGUAGCAUCAGCUGCAAUAAGGGCUCGUUGUCAUUAUGUUAAUAAAAAGUGGUUCAGUGGUAUGUUAACGAAUUGGUCGAUUACGAAAACUAGACUUUCUCAAUUUAGAGACUUAAGAGCGGAA